AUAAAAAUGUAGACCUUUGAAAAUGAGAACUAAAAAAAUCAGGAGGGCGGCGUAGAAAGGCUGGGCCGUGAGCUGAAAGCUACAGGAGGGGGCGCACCUUCGUUAUCCUCGCUCCCAUUCUCCCCCUCCCAUCCCUCUCUGCACCAGAAAAAAAAUUGAAAACCAAACAAAAACCCAACCGUUCCUUCUCAUCGCAUUCGAAUUUGUUCAUCGGAAGGGGCGAAUCAGCUCUUCUUGUUGUUUCUACCGCAUGACAUGAUCCCCCUCUCCCUUAGCAUUCACGGCCAUGGGCGCCCCGAGCCUCCAAGCUAAAAUGGCUGGGCUCGUUCGCCGCACCUUGCUCUCCGUUGUCUUUUUGGGUCGCGAUCCCUAGGAUUUUUUCGAGUUGGGUGUAAUUUGGUGUUGUACUUUCUCCGAUCCGUCAUGGUGGCCAGGGGUUGGGAAGCGGGGGUAUUUUUGUUGGUUGUGUUCGGGAGGUUAACGGGCGCCGACCCUGCUAGGGUUUCAUCCUCCUCGUCGUCGCAGGGCGCGUGCUCAGUACGGUCUGUCACGGACGCGAUUUUGGGGUUUCGAGAUUCGAUGUGUGUAUUGGAUGAUGGAGAAAAUGAUCUUUUUGUCGGCGUUACGGAGGGAGAUGAGGUUUCACUGCUGAGGGCACUAACAAUGGUACACAGCGGUAGUCACGAGUAUGUGGCUGUGCUCUUUUAUGCAUCUUGGUGCCCCUUCUCUAAAAUAUGUAGACCAAGCUUCUCCAUCUUGUCUUCUAUGUAUCCCUCUAUCCCCCAUUUUGCAAUUGAAGAGUCAGCUAUCAGACCAAGCAUGCUCUCGAAAUAUGGAGUUCAUGGCUUCCCCACUCUUUUCCUUCUAAAUUCGACCAUGCGCAUACGAUAUCAUGGCUCCCGGACGCUUCGAUCCCUUGUUGCUUUCUAUGAUGAUGUUACUGGUAUAAAAACUGCAGCACUACAUCAAACAGCGCUGGAGAAAAUUAGGCACUCAUCCAAUCAUGAGAAGCACAAUACUGCUGAGCAGGAAAGCUGCCCAUUCUCAUGGGCUAGAUCUCCAGAAAAUAUGCUUCGGCAGGAAACCUAUCUGGCUUUGGCGACUGCAUUUGUGCUUUUGAGAUUGCUCUACUACACCUUGCCUGCUUUACUUGUUUGUGCUCAGGGUGCUUGGAGAAGGCGCAUCAGAAAUUUGAGCUUGUGGGAGCAUCCUCUGGCCUAUCUAAAUCGAUCAAGGCAGAUAUUCAAUUCAUUAAAGGAGCCUUGCAAGAAAAGAAAUUUGCAGGGAGGAGCAAUGAAUGCGAAGGCAUGGGCCUCAAAGUCCCUGGCAUCGGUUUCGAUUGGGGAUGCUAGCACCAGCCGAUGUUCACCUGUUAGUGAAAGUCGCUGACUUCUUUCUCCCCUUUUGAGAAGAGUGGAUCUUUGGUAUUUUGAUAUUCCAUUCAUGAUGUGCCCCAGUUGCAGUUAGGGUUGGUUUGGGGUUCAAUGUACUGUGAUGGAGAUGUCUGCUGUUAUAGUUUCUCAUAUUUGAUUUCUGUCGUGCAACUUUGCCAGUUUAUUACCAUUUAGUAGGGAAAAUAACGAACUGCAAUUUGUGAAUAGCUUAUAUCUAACCAACUUAUUUUUGAAAA